ACAUUUGAGAUAGAAAGUUUGACGUAUUGACGUUUACGAUUUACCUCAGCACAGCAAAACGUUUACUUAGUGGAACUGCUUUUAAAAUAAUCAAAUAGAUUAUUUAAUGUGUGUAAACAUUAAACUGUAAAUUGGGUCCGCGGCGAGUCAAGUUGUCACUUUUAUCGGAACUGACAUGUGGCACUGAAAAGAAACUUUACUUUGAUUUUUGUUUAGUUAAAAUGUUUCGAAGUAAAAUAAGAAUACACACGUGUCGCAUUAUAUUAUUAACAUCGUUAGUUUGGUUGCUAGUGGACGUCGCGCUCUUAGCUAUCUACUCCGACUGCUUCGGCGAUGGUUGUGGUAAAAAGACAAAUGAAGUUGUUGUCAGGAGUAAAGAUGCAGAAGAGCUGCGUGGUAAAAGGGGUGCAAUAGCAGCCGCUUUAAGAAGUAAAGCAGAAGAUGAUGAAACUAAUUUAGAAGAGAAUGAAAUAGAGCAGGAUAUUGGUGAUGAGGGGUUAAUGUUGGCUCCAUAUCCAAAGUCACGGCUAAAGAGGUGGUCAGUGGUGCGGCCUGUGAAGCCGCAAGGAGACUCUCCUGGAGAAAUGGGUAAAGCUGUGAACAUUCCAAUAGAACAAGAGAAACUUAUGUUGGACAAAUUCCAGGAGAACCAAUUUAAUUUGUUAGCUAGUGAUAUGAUCUCUUUGAAUAGAUCACUAACUGAUGUCAGAUUUGAAAAAUGUAAAGGAAAAUCGUACCCAGAUUUAUUGCCUACAACUAGUGUUGUGAUUGUCUUCCACAAUGAGGCUUGGACAACUCUUAUCAGAACCAUUUGGAGUACUAUAAACCGAUCACCUCGGCCAUUGCUCAAAGAGAUUAUUUUAGUAGAUGACGCAAGUGAAAAAGAACACUUGGGCAAAAAAUUAGAGGACUAUAUAAAAACGCUGCCAGUGCCAACGCAUCUUUUCCGAACGGAAAAUCGCUCAGGACUUAUCAGGGCCCGGCUUUUGGGCGCAAAACAUGUACAAGGAGAUGUUAUUACGUUCUUGGAUGCACAUUGUGAAUGCACGGAGGGUUGGUUGGAGCCUUUAUUAGCGAGGAUAGUGGAAGACCGUACGACGGUGGUGUGUCCCAUCAUUGACGUCAUCUCGGACACCACCUUCGAGUACAUCCAGGCCUCGGAUAUGACGUGGGGUGGAUUCAAUUGGAAAUUAAACUUUAGAUGGUACCGCGUCCCCGAGCGUGAGAUGUCUCGUCGCGGCGGGGACCGCACGGCGCCGCUGCGCACGCCCACCAUGGCGGGCGGCUUGUUCGCUAUCGACCGAGACUACUUCUAUAAAAUCGGCUCCUAUGACGAGGGCAUGGACAUCUGGGGCGGGGAGAACCUCGAGAUGAGCUUCCGGGUGUGGCAGUGCGGCGGGCGGCUGGAGAUCGCGCCGUGUGCGCACGUGGGCCACGUGUUCCGCAAGACCACGCCCUACAGCUUCCCCGGCGGCACGGGCCGCGUCGUCAACCACAACAACGCCCGCCUCGCCGAAGUCUGGCUCGACGAAUGGAAGCAUUUCUACUACAAUAUCAACCCAGGUGCACUAAACGUGCCCGUUGGUGACGUCAGCGAGCGCAAGGCGCUAAGACAAAGACUCAAGUGUAAGAGCUUCCGAUGGUAUUUGGAGAAUAUUUACCCUGAGAGUCAGAUGCCUUUGGACUACUACUUUUUGGGAGAGAUACGUAAUGCGGAGACGUCCAACUGCUUGGACACUAUGGGCGGCAAAGCGGGACAGCCGCUGGGUAUGGGCUACUGUCAUGGAAUGGGCGGCAACCAGGUGUUUGCUUACACGAAGCGUAAGCAGAUCAUGUCGGAUGAUAACUGCUUGGACGCGGCGCACCCGCGCGGCCCUGUCAAACUCAUUCGCUGUCACGGCAUGCGCGGGAACCAGGAGUGGACUUACGAUGUUAAGACACGCACGAUAAAGCACAGCAACACCGGCAUGUGCCUGGAGAAGCCGGAGACGGGCGACGUGUGGAAGCCGGUGCUGCGCGCGUGCUCGCGGGCGCGCGCGCAGCAGUGGCUCAUGCAGGUCGACUUCAAGUGGCAGGCGCGCCACGCCGAGCGGCCCAGCUAGUCCACUUGAACAACCAUAGACCAUCAAAGUCUUCCCCUGUCGUUAGUAAUAUCAGAUUUUAUUCCUUAUUCCUAUAUCAGAAGUAAUGUAAUUAGAUGUAUCUCGGCGCUCGGCCCACGUGAAUUGUUGACAAUACGAUAAGAAUGCUGUAAGAUUUUCUAUUCCAUAAUAAAAUAUGUAAAAAGUUGCUCAAACUUGGCAUAUAUGCUACAUUGUAAAUUUUACUGUCCUGUUUGUUUGCGUGAAUGUGGAUUUUAUAUCCAAUAUUAUUAUUUGUUGCAACAAUUCAAAUAAAUUGAGAUUAUUUUAAAUUUUUCGACUGGUAACACUCAGAGUUUAUAAAAGCACAAAUCUCCCGAAUAAAAUAUUAAUAAACAACAGUGUUACUGUUAUACUUCCAUUGAGUGUGCUAAGAUAAUAAAUUUAUUUAAAAUACUCCGAAAACUAGAAUUUGAGAUUAUAAAACACCUGUUUACUACAGUUAUAUAUUUUAAAAUUGUUAGUAAAGACAGAUAUAAUGUAAGAGUUACUCGUAGUCUAGUUUGUCUAUGGACAUGUGCCCCUUCCAUUGUCUAUGGUUCGCUGUCAUUGUACAGGGUCAAAAAUAUUAAUUAAACUGUACAAGUGCCUGUCCAUUCCUUGAUAUCCAUUAUUUUUAAAUAGCAUUUAUACAUUUUCCAUAAUCAAAUGUUAAUUCUAGUACACAAUUUUAGUAUGAAAAUUAAGUGUUCAUAGUCUGUUGAUAGAAUUUACUAGUAAUCGAGAUUUUGACUAAUGUUAUGAUAAAAGACGUAGUUUUUUUUACUAGAAAAUUCCCUGGCAGUUAAAUUUGACUAUUUAAA